CACACACGCCGCACUGAGAGUUCAGUCCAAGUAUGUCAAACGCGUUUCUUCCUCCUCGCACUCAUUGGUAGAAACGCCUGUCUUUGUUCUCAGUCUGUUGGUUCAGAGUGUUCUCCACCUCGUCUGUUUGUAAAUAGCUUUGCCCCUGCUGCCCUGGAGACAGACACACAACGCUCACUCCUCGCUUGGACAUUUCCUCGCUCGGACCCCUCUUACUCUGUUCAGUGUAAGCAGCUGCGCGCAGUGUGCAGUUCUCACAGAGCGAGGGAGCACAGCAGAUCCCAGUCAGUCCUCCUCCUCCUCUCUCUCUGUCAGUCACACCAGGAUGGAUCUUCUUUCCUAGCGGAACGCAAGUCUACUUCAGCAGUUAGUAAGUUUGGCUGUCAUUAGGGAUCGAAACAGGAGCUGGACGUUUCUUUUCCCCUUUAAUAAAAUCAGUUCCAUCCCUGCGCAUCAACUUGGUUGUCGGAAACCUACACGAUGACAUCCAUCGGGCUACAGUCACGCGUUCUGCUCGUGCUCUGCUUCGUCUCCUCUGCAGCCUGCAAUACAUUUGCCUUCACCGAGGAGCCCUCCGAGAGAGUCGGGAAGGGAGACGGGUAUUGUAGUCGGAUAUUACGGGCCCAGGGCAAUCGGAAGGAGGUCAACAACGAGUUUCGUCUCCGCGUUGAGGGAGACCCAGAGAGCUACCAGCCAGGGAGCACAUACAGAGUGACUCUGUUUGCAUCCAGUCCUUCCUACUUCAGAGGGUUCACUCUUAUCGCCCUGAAGGAAGGUGCGGAAGGAGACAGGGAUGAGGACUAUUCUGGACAUUUCCAGAUAAUUGAUGAAGAGGAAACACAGUACAUGACCAACUGCCCCCCUGCUGUGACAGAGAGCACUCCCCGCAGACGCACUAGCAUCCAAGUGUUUUGGACUGCGCCCCCUGGUGGCUCCGGCUGUAUCCUCCUGAAGGCAAGCAUUGUGCAGAAGAGGAUAAUCUAUUUCCAGGAUGAAGGAUCACUCACCAAGCGGAUGUGUGAGAAAGAAUCACUGUACGGGGACACUACGGAAAAACCUGUGCUUGACUGUUGUGCCUGUGGAACAGCAAAGUACAGAGUCACCUUCUUCGGAAACUGGUCAGAAAAGACUCAUCCCAAAGAUUAUCCACGUCGGGCCAAUCACUGGUCAGCCAUCAUUGGUUCCUCCCACUCGAGGAACUAUGUGCUGUGGGAAUAUGGAGGCCUUUCCAGUGAGGGAGUGAAACAGGUGGCUGAGCUGGGCUCCCCAGUCAAAAUGGAGGAGGAGAUCAGACAGAAGGGUGAUGAGGUCCUUACAGUCAUCAAAAUGAAAGCCCAGUGGCCAGCCUGGCAACCACUCAAUGUACGAGCUGCCCCCUCAGCUGAAUUCUCGGUGGACCGAAGUCGUCACCUCAUGUCCUUCCUGACCAUGCUGGGCCCCAGUCCAGACUGGAAUGUGGGUCUGUCUGCAGAGGACUUGUGUACCAAGGAGUGUGGGUGGGCCCAAAGGGUGGUGCAGGAUAUGAUCCCCUGGGAUGCAGGCACUGACAGUGGAGUAUCAUAUGAGUCACCCAACAAGCCCAGUUCACCCGCUGAAAAGAUCAGGCCCCUGACCAGUCUGGAUCAUCCCCAGAGUCCUUUCUAUGACCCUGAAGGGGGUGCUAUCACUCCUGUGGCCAGGUUGGUGAUAGAACGCAUUGCCAGAAAGGGUGAACAGUGUAACAUUGUGCCAGACAAUGUGGAUGACAUUGUAGCAGAUAUUGCCCAGGAGGAGAAAGAGGAAGAUGAUACUCCUGAGACGUGUAUCUACUCCAAUUGGUCUCCAUGGUCCGCCUGCAGCUCGGCCACUUGUGAAAAGGGCAAGCGGAUGAGGCAGAGGAUGCUGAAGGCCCAGUUGGACCUUAGUGUGCCCUGCCCGCACACCCAGGAUUUUGAGCCCUGCAUGGGGCCUGGGUGCAGCGAUGAGGAUGCUUCCACCUGUAUGAUGUCAGAGUGGAUCACCUGGUCUCCGUGCAGUCUGACCUGUGGGAUGGGUACGCGUUCUCGGGAGCGCUAUGUGAAACAGUUUCCUGACGACGGCUCAAUCUGCACGCUGCCUACAGAGGAGACAGAAAACUGUGUGGUCAACGAAGAGUGCUCUCCCAGCAGUUGCCUUGUUACAGAGUGGGGUGAAUGGGAUGUCUGCAGUGCAACUUGUGGCCUCGGCAUGAAGAGGAGAGAGCGCAUGGUGAAGAUGCCUCCUGCAGAUGGCUCCAUUUGUGGAGCAGAGGUGCUAGAAGUGGAGAAGUGCAUGAUGCCAGAAUGUCAUACCAUUCCUUGCAUGCUGACCCCGUGGUCUGACUGGAGUGACUGCAGCGUGACUUGUGGGAAGGGUAUGAGGACACGACAGCGCACGCUCAAGUCCCCUGUAGAGCUUGGAGAGUGUACAGAAGAGCUAGAACAGGUGGAGAAGUGCAUGCUGCCAGAGUGCCCCAUAGACUGCAUCAUGUCAGAGUGGACCGAGUGGUCAGAGUGCAACAAGUCCUGUGGAAAGGGUCAUACAAUCCGGACACGCAUGGUGAAGCUGGAGCCUCAGUUUGGAGGAGACCCCUGCCAUGAAACUAUACAGAGGAAGAAGUGUAAGAUCAGGAAGUGUAACAGAGGACAGGCCAACAGCGACGAGAAGAAACGGCGCAAGGAGCAGCGUGACAAGAGGAGGAGCAAACAGAGCAGGAGUGAGGCAAACUCAGAGCAUCCAGGGUGUAAAAUGAGGCCCUGGUCAAGUUGGACAGAGUGUACCAAGCAGUGCGGUGGCGGUAUCCAAGAGCGACUCAUGACAGUGAAGCAGAAGUUUAAGACUGCGCAGCUGUCCAGCUGCAAGGACAGGAAGGAGAUCAGAGCUUGUAACGUGCAACCCUGCUAGGAAGGAGUAGGAAAACGGGUCGGUUUGAUGGGGAGGGAGGGAGGGAUGACACUGGGGCUGGGGACAGGACAGGGCAUGGCACACUGUUGCACAAUGAUCCAAUGCACUCUGUUUAGGGCUGAAAUGGCACAUACUUGAAUCUGCAUUGGUUUAAAUCCAGAGCUGGAUCUAAAGAUCUCACAGGAAAACUCUGGAUUUAAACUCAGCUGAUUAUUUUGUGCUUUCAAACUUGCUCUGAUACACAUACAACUCUUUUGCAAGGUUACUGUAAACAUGUUGUGCUAUAAUAAAUCUUGAGAAAUAUAAUUAUGAAAUAAAACUGAUUUAAUAAUGAGAUAAAAAGAACUGUUAUAUCUUGUGGUAUCCUUAAGUAGUACAGUAUAUUCCAGACUUUAAAGCACAGGUGCCCAGCCAUUCCAGUGUUUUAUAUGCCUUCAAAUGUUCAGUUGUUUCUAGGACACAAGAUGCCCACUUGACUUUUUACCCAGCUAUAUUGUUGUACAUGUAGAUGCACCACGACCGAUAUCUCUAUGAUUUUAAGCAUUAUUAGAAGAUUUUGUUAUUUUUUUGCUGUUGAAUAUUUUGAUAAGAAUGUGUCCUAAGGUUCUUACCAAAGUCUUGUGUAGAUGUUUUCUAGAUCUCUUUCCUCUCCUUUUCUUUAUCUCUGUUCCUUUAACAUAUUAAUAUUUUGGAAUAAUAUCACCUUUACAAUAAAAGUAAAUGUGACAA